CCGCAAUUCGAAACAGGAACCGACAUUCCCCUCUCCUCUCCCCUCUCCCCUCUCUCUCUCUCUCUACAUCCGACUCCAUGCCUAGCACCGGCGAGCUGUGACUGCCUCCCUCACUCAAGCUCGCAUGGCCAAGCUCGCGCAGUCCUCCUUCGCUCUCGACCUCCUGCGCCGCCUCCUCUGCGCGCACACCGCCGGCAAUGCGGCAGGCGGGGGCAACGCCAACACCGUCCGUGCCGACGUCGCCGCCCUACGGCGCGGCGACGAUGCCGCGGCGCGGAAGGAGGAGGAGGAGGGGGCGACGGCCAGGAGCCCCUGCAUUGUGGCCAGGCUGAUGGGCCUCGACGCGAUGCCGACGCCGGCGCGCGACCAGCAGCAGACGCUGCGCCGGAGCCGCUCCGCGAGCUCGGCCGAGGGCUGGUCGUCGCCCACGCCGUGCUGCUUCGGCGACGCGCCGCGGCGCAGGGUGGCCAGGACCACGUCCGCGUCCUUCCGGGACAGGCCCACGUACCUGAGGCGGGAGAACGACGAGUUCCUGCUCCUCAGCUUCAGCCCGGACGACGACGGCAGCGACGACCGCGACGCGGCGGGGUGGCCCAGAAGCGACGACGACGCGGAGAGCAGGCGCGGCAAGAGGACGGUGGACGGCGACGGGGCCAAGAAACAGAGGCGGGGGCGCCGGAGGCUCCCGCGCCGGCGGCGGCGCGGCGACGAGGAGGCCGAGUCGGAGCAUGCCCGGAGCAGGAGGCCGGCCGCGGCAUGCGGCCUGGAGAACUCGAGCCCGGUGUCGGUGCUGGAGGCGGGAGACGGGCAGGAGGAGUCGUCGACGACCACGACCACUUCGUCAUCUUCAGUGGAAGAAAUGGAGCAUGCAGAGCCGUGCUCGCCGUGCUCAGAUGGAGGCGAAACCCUGCUGGCGCCGAGCCAGCAGCAGCAGAGAACAAGGAGGAAGCUACUGCAAGCCGAUUCCGACAAUUUCGGUGGCAACCCACGCCCAGCAGCGGCGAGCUCCUCCUCCUGUGUCUUGAAAUGUUCAGACAGGGAUAGGAGGGACAGGAGAGUGGUGAACAAGGCAGAGGCUACCGGCCGGGAUGCGACCGGCAUUUGGCGAAUCAUCUGCAGGAUGGUUGAGCAAGAUAUAUGCGGCAUGCAGUGGCAAACCAUGGAUAAUGGCAACAUUGCAGCGGAGAUGGCGUCAGAGAUCCUUGAUCAGCUCAUAUGGGAGCAAACAGCUGAGCUGGUGCAGCUAACUCUGGUCUGAAUAACUGUACAUGGUUACCCUUUCUGCUCUUCCAUCUACAAGAAGCAGCCAAAAUCUUCAGAAUAGUGAACAAGAUGAAGCUGUCGGCGGCUCCGGAUGCGAAAACUCUCUUGUUAAAGAAGCUGAUGAUGACGAUGAUGCCAACAACAUUAAGUGAAUAUCCAAGUUGGAGAUAUAUAUAUGUUCAGUGAUCCUUGACCCUGAAAGUCUCAAGAACCUGAAGGCUGCUCCUCUCCAUACAGCCAUGCUAGUGUGAAACUGUACAUGUUUUUCCUCCCUAUUUCAGCUCCAUGUAUGUACUAGUAGCCCCUGAAUGAACAACCUAACAAUAUAUUAUGAGUUAGUUGACAUAA